AUCCCGCGACAGACGUAUCAAAGUUUUGCUGUGUAAUCCGAACAGGCGAGGCUAAGGGACGUUCCUCUUCAGAGUAUUUUAAAAUUUUCCAGGUUUUUCGUGUUUUACACAAUGGAAUAUCUAAUCGGAAUACAGGGACAGGAUUUUGUCCUCGUCGCCGCCGAUAAUGUUGCUGCUUCCAGCAUCAUUCAGAUGAAACACGACUAUGACAAGAUGUUCAAGCUGAGUGAGAAGAUUUUGCUGCUGUGUGUCGGAGAAGCAGGAGACACGGUGCAGUUUGCAGAGUACAUCCAGAAGAACGUUCAGCUCUACAAAAUGAGGAACGGUUACGAACUCAGUCCAGCAGCAGCAGCAAACUUCACAAGAAAGAAUCUGGCAGACUACCUUCGGAGCAGGACUCCGUACCACGUCAACCUGCUGCUGGCCGGCUACGAUGACUCCGACGGCCCGGGGCUCUACUACAUGGACUACCUGUCCUCUCUGGCCAAGGCGCCGUUCGCUGCCCACGGAUACGGAGCCUUCCUCACCCUGUCCAUCCUCGACAGAUACUACCGACCAGAUCUGACCCGAGACGAAGCCAUGGAUCUGCUGAAGAAAUGCAUCGAGGAGGUGAGUUCAGCUUCCAUCAGCAGACGGUUUCAUCUUCAUUAUCUUCAUUUAUUCAACCUUUUCCAUCUUUAAAUAUAUUUAAACUUC